GCGAUCGCCCCGACCAGGACAAACCCACAGGCCGUCUCAGGUUCAUCCAGGAUCUUUCAGCUCAUGAUAAAAACCACUCUGAAAGCACCAACACGAAGGAGUCAGCAGGGAAGGUGACAAAGUCUCCUAAAUUCAAUGGGAUGAGAGCAGCGUCGAAGGAAGAUUUGUCUGCACAAAGCGAGCUGUCGAAAAGCAACGACAGUCUUUCCAAGACCAAAGAGCCAAGCGGGUUUGGUGCAAUCUUUAAAAACCCUUUUGGAGAAAGAGCGCCAUCUCAGGAGGAUUUAUCAGCAGCCAGUGAGGUUUCUGAAAGCAGUGAGAAUCUCUCUGAGAACCACACAGAGGAAACAGGAUUCUUUGGUGGCAUGUUCAAGAAAAAAGUUGCAAGCUCUCAGUCUCAGAAGGACACUGAGGACACGCAGACCUCUGCGGAGAACGGGAAGCAGUUGCAAAACAAGGCGGAUCUGGUCAAGAGUAAUUUGAUCCAGACAGAAGGGAAGGAAAAGGGUGAAACUCCUCCAGUCCUACGCAGACCAAGAGUAGAGACAAUGAAGACGACAUCCAUGCAUGAGAUGGAAAAACCAAAACCAGAGGAGAAGAAGGAAAAACUCCCUAGAGAGAAGAAAGAAAAACCUUCAGACCCUCCCGUUGUUCCACCCAGACCAUCAGAGGAGAAAGCUGCUGUGGUUACAUUUCAGGAAAUGAGCAAAACUGUCAGACAUCGCAAGAAAGACAAGCAAGAGCAGAGCCAAUCAGGACAAGAAGCCACUGGUUUGACCAAAGACAAACCAGGAGCGUCUGAUGAUGAAGGGCUGAAGGAUGAAGAUGAGUCAUCGUCUAAAGAGGAAAUUAAAAAUGAUGACAAGGAAAAACCAGAAAAGAAGCCAAAACACAAUCCUUUCAUGCCUCGGCCUCAGGCUGCAUCUGAUGAUGAGGGACUAAAAGACGAAGAAGAGUCUUCAAUUAAAGAGGAAAUUAAAAAAGAUGGGGACAAGGAGAAUAUGGACAAGCCCAAAGUCAAUAAACCAAAGAAGAACAAUCCUUUCAUGCCUCAGAUCAAGGCCAAAGUCAUUCAGAAGAACAGACCAGGCGGAGCUGCAGCAGAGAAUGAAGAACCUCAAAGGUCUUUAUUUGACAGGCUGGAGGAUUUCCGUAUGGAGCCCUCAAGGCCAGAUGAAGGCCAGGAUGUGGAGGAUCUCAUGGACUGGUGGAACAAUGUUGAAUCAUGGGAGGACACGCCUCAAGAUGACGACAUGACAAAAAAGGAAGAGGUCAAGGCCUUCGCUGUAACUGCAGAUAAGGUUCAGAAGGGAAUCCGAGUUUUCAACAAGCUGUUCUCCGAGCGAGCCGAGAGCCUCUGGCAGCAUGUCAUCGACCUCAACACCAUCGCCGACGGCCUGGACAAAUUCAACAAGAAGACAAAGAUCGCACAGAUCACCGGCGGCUCCACCAGCGCCAUCGGCGGCGUCACCACCAUCACUGGCCUCGCCCUGGCUCCGUUCACCAUGGGAACCUCCCUGAUUGUCACAGCCGUCGGUUUAGGUGUCGCCACGGCCGGUGGGUUGACUUCGGCCGGGGCCGGCAUCUCCAACCAGGUCAACAACUCUUUGGACCGCAAGAAGGUGGAGAAGAUCGUCAAGGACUACCAGGAGAAGAUCGGCGACCUCAAUAAGUGCCUGAAGUUCAUCAAGCAGGGAAUAGAGAACCUGCGCAAGUUCGACCUGAUCAAGAUGAAGAAAAGCGCGUACAACCAGGACUUCCCCGCGCUCACCAGUCAGUUCUACGAGGACGGCGCCAUGGCGGGGAAGGCCAUCCUCAUCAACGCCAACGAGAUCAUGCGUGUGGUGCAGAUCGCCAACGUGGCGGGCAGCACGGCCGCCAGGGCGGUCCAGAUCGCCAGCAUGGCCACUGGGGUCCUCACGGGGCUCUUUGUCGGUAUGGACAUCUACUUCGUAGCUGAAGACUCUAAGGAGCUGAAGAAAGGGGCAAAAUCAGAGUUUGCAGCCAAAAUCAGGGAGGUGACCACACAGCUGCACGACGGGCUGGUGGAGCUGAACACCAUCUGGGAGGAGCUGCACAGCACCACACCAGAAGGCAACGCAGGCGGCAAAAGAGACAAGUGAGAAACAUGAUGAGAGUUCAGAUGAGGAUGAGAUCGACCGGAUUUAAAAAAGCUAUAAAAAAGGACCUUGAGAACCAGGAAUAUGUCUGAGUCCAACAGGCUAUUAUGGGAUGCUGCUUAUAAAUGUUACAGUAAGAAAUUAACAACAAAAUUUUUGGUUUAUUGAGCCUGUCAUAGAGG